CAUGUUCUGAAAUAAAGUUAUGAAGUCGGUGAGUGACUUUAGAGUCUCCCUCAAGAGCAAUCAAUGGAUCAGAAUUCGUACAGGAGAAGAUCGUCUCCGAUCAGAACCACUACCGGCGGUUCAAAGUCCGUUAAUUUCUCCGAACUACUUCAAAUGAAGUAUCUCAGCUCCGGUACGAUGAAGCUCACGAGAACCUUCACUACUUGCUUGAUAGUCUUCUCUGUACUAGUAGCAUUCUCAAUGAUCUUUCACCAACACCCAUCUGAUUCAAAUCGGAUUAUGGGUUUCGCCGAAGCUAGAGUUCUCGACGCCGGAGUUUUCCCAAAUGUUACUAACAUCAAUUCUGAUAAGCUUCUCGGAGGGCUACUUGCUUCUGGUUUUGAUGAAGAUUCUUGCCUUAGUAGGUACCAAUCAGUUCAUUACCGUAAACCUUCACCUUACAAGCCAUCUUCUUAUCUCAUCUCUAAGCUUAGAAACUACGAAAAGCUUCACAAGCGAUGUGGUCCGGGUACUGAAUCUUACAAGAAAGCUCUAAAACAACUUGAUCAAGAACAUAUUGAUGGUGAUGGUGAAUGCAAAUAUGUUGUGUGGAUUUCUUUUAGCGGCUUAGGGAACAGGAUACUUUCUCUAGCCUCGGUUUUUCUUUACGCGCUUUUAACGGAUAGAGUCUUGCUUGUUGACCGAGGGAAAGACAUGGAUGAUCUCUUUUGCGAGCCGUUUCUCGGUAUGUCGUGGUUGCUACCUUUAGAUUUCCCUAUGACUGAUCAGUUUGAUGGAUUAAAUCAAGAAUCAUCUCGUUGUUAUGGAUAUAUGGUGAAGAAUCAGGUGAUUGAUACUGAGGGAACUUUGUCUCAUCUUUAUCUUCAUCUUGUUCAUGAUUAUGGAGAUCAUGAUAAGAUGUUCUUCUGUGAAGGAGACCAAACAUUCAUCGGGAAAGUCCCUUGGUUGAUUGUUAAAACAGACAAUUACUUUGUUCCAUCUCUGUGGUUAAUACCGGGUUUCGAUGAUGAACUAAACAAGCUAUUCCCACAGAAAGCGACUGUCUUUCAUCACUUAGGUAGGUAUCUUUUUCACCCAACUAACCAAGUAUGGGGCUUAGUCACUAGAUACUACGAAGCUUACUUAUCGCAUGCGGAUGAGAAGAUUGGGAUUCAAGUAAGAGUUUUCGAUGAAGACCCGGGUCCAUUUCAGCAUGUGAUGGAUCAGAUUUCAUCUUGUACUCAAAAAGAGAAACUUCUACCUGAAGUAGACACACUAGUGGAGAGAUCUCGCCAUGUUAAUACCCCCAAACACAAAGCCGUGCUUGUCACAUCUUUGAACGCGGGUUACGCGGAGAACUUAAAGAGUAUGUAUUGGGAAUAUCCGACAUCAACUGGAGAAAUCAUCGGUGUUCAUCAGCCGAGCCAAGAAGGUUAUCAGCAGACCGAAAAAAAGAUGCAUAAUGGCAAAGCUCUUGCGGAAAUGUAUCUUUUGAGUUUGACAGAUAAUCUUGUGACAAGUGCUUGGUCUACAUUUGGAUAUGUAGCUCAAGGUCUUGGAGGUUUAAAGCCUUGGAUACUCUAUAGACCCGAAAACCGUACAACUCCCGAUCCUUCGUGUGGUCGGGCUAUGUCGAUGGAGCCUUGUUUCCACUCGCCUCCAUUCUAUGAUUGUAAAGCGAAAACGGGUAUUGACACGGGAACACUAGUUCCUCAUGUGAGACAUUGUGAGGAUAUCAGCUGGGGACUUAAGCUAGUAUGAUUUUUUGUGUGCCUUACUCUGUUUUUGAUUAUUUGAUGUAUCAUGUAACUUCUUAAAUUAGCUUUAAUAAAGUCAAUUUUUGUGCUUUUGACAUUUUCUCUUAAAAUAGAUAAAACAAGAGCAUAAAGGUUGAGUUUUUAUUACCAAAGUCUCAGU